CGGAGGGACGGGGCCAAGAUGGCGGCGCCCGUCCUGCUGCGGGUGUCGGUGCCGCGCUGGGAGCGGGUGGCGCGGUCCGCCGUGUGCGCCGCCGGCAUCCUGCUGUCCUUGUACGCCUGCCACUUGGAGCGCGAGAAGGGCCGCGACAGCCACUACCAGGCCCUGUGCGACCUCAGCGAGAGGGUGCGCUGCUCCGCCGCCAUCACCUCCAGAUGGGGUCGAGGAUUCGGUCUCUUGGGUUCCAUCUUUGGAAAGGACAGUGCAAUAAAUCAGUCAAACAGUGUUUUUGGCCUGGUGUUUUAUAUACUACAAAUGCUGCUUGGUAUGACAGCAAGUGCAGUAGCAGCUCUAAUCCUCAUGACAUCCUCCAUAGUGUCUGUAGUAGGGUCCCUGUACUUGGCAUACAUUCUGUACUUCGUGCUGAAGGAGUUUUGCAUUGUCUGCGUGCUCACAUAUUUGCUGAACUUCAUUCUCUUUAUCAUCAACUACAAACGACUAGUUUAUUUGAACGAGGCCUGGAAGAGGCAACUCCAACCCAAACAGGAAUAACCCCUGCUGGAACUUUUGACUGACAGUCUGAAGACCCAACUUCCAUUAAGUUUAUUUUGCAGUAAUUUUUUUAUUCUCCAUAUCAGACACUUUUUUUCUCCCCUUUCCCCACCCCCCUGAGAAUCAUAAUGGAAAAUUUGAAUUAUAAAUUUCAAGGGGCCCCCAGAUAAUUUCUCUGUGCUAAUCUUCAGUUUCAAUGCGGUUAUGAAAGAAAGCUCUAUAACAAUCAAAGACAAGCUUUAACUUUACUUUGAAGGAGUUUUAGCCACAGCAAAACCUAGACUCUCUCUCUUCCCCCUCCACUUGUGAAGUGGGUAACACUUGCUAUGAAAUAUCCUGUAUAUAAAUUCAGGUAUAACAAGAUGUGAUCAUGACAUGAAAUAUUCUAGACUAGCAUCACCAUAUUUAAUGUUGCCAUGUUUACAGUAUGUGUAUUUUUUCUUUUUUUUUUUCUUUUUUUUUUUCUUUUUUUUUUUUUAGCUGAUGGACUUAGAUUUGACUAGGACUUAUACUGUAAAUAAAAUUAGAACUGUUGGUUUCAUCCCUGAAGAACUCACUGUCCCAUGGGGUUGGUUAGGAGCUGUCAGAGGGUUCAGCUCAGAGUCGACUGACACGAUGGAAGAAGUGACCUCUAAAGAACAUGGAGUUGCUGCUCUCACUGUUGUGCUUUCACAAGAAUGCUUGGGGUUGGUUCCAUUUUUUUUUUUUUUAAAUCCACUAACAAAAAUGGAAUUAAAGCUGAAACCUGAAGUAUGUUGAUUAAACGACAACCUCAUUAAUUUCUGUACAGAACAAAAAUAGCUUCAUGUGGUCAAUGAAAAGCUGAUUUGCAGAUUGGGGGCUGGAUGAAGUGUUCUUUGAAAGGACUCCAUUUCCAAGCAGAGCUGUUUCAUUUGAAGCUGUGCUCAGCCAGCCAGUGUUACUAAUGUUUGAUGUUCUAUGAAUGCUGCAGUAUAGGAUUGCAAUUUGCAGUGGAAACCACUGAGUGAGCAGGAUAACCAAGCAGUGCACUGAAAAAGCAGUUCCUUAAUUGAUCUUGGUCAGGAUCUUUGGUUUGUGCUAUAUUGGGAAAUGAACUUUAGGCCUGACAAACACACACAGAGAAGAUCUCUUGGAAGGGCAGCCUGUUUAAUGGGAUAAGUAAGUCAAUGUGCUCCUGAAAAUGAAAUGUGAUAUAGUGCUAUCAUUGCUCUUUCUAAGAACUAAUUGGGGAAAAAAAAAUAUUAAACUGCAGAUUUAAACAAAGGAACAAAAUUGUACACGUUGUUUCUGCACUCAGUAUUCUAAGGCUGAAUGUUAAAAGUGCCUUCUGUCUUCAAAUCUUAAACCAAAUACUUUGUGUUGAACUUGGCAGGCAGAAGUGUCCUUGCUUUAAAAAUGAACAAAAUUCCCAGCAAACUUGCUGGGGAUAGAAGAGUAUUAUUAAGAGAUCUGUUUUUAGUUUUUAGACUGAGAAGUGGUAGCAGUAUUGUUUUCAGUUUAAUUUCAAAGGUUGAUGUGAUAUUUGGAAAAGUGAAAUACUUGUGUUUCAGACUGUGAGACACCAAAAUGUGUGGGUUCAGCUACUUUCUGUAAUUGGUGCUGUGCUGCUUUUUGCCCUUGUCAGUUCGAAAUGUGAAGAAUUCCAACUGCAUGCCCAUUUAUUUAAAGAACUAAUUUAACUCCUUUUAGCAUUUUCAUUCUCAAACAUGAAUGUCAGAGAGACACUUCCAUUGUAAGUGGAUUUUAAACACUAAGGAUAAGCUACUGUGAAACGAGCAGUGUUUCCAUAGAGCAAAACAAGUCUGGAGAUUGAAUUCACAAAACUAAUAUUUAAAUUACUACUGAAGUAAUUCUGAUUUGUACCAAGGGUGGAGGUGGAAACUGCUUUUCUGUACAGAGUUCUGUGGUGUGAGUAACAUCUGUUGCAUGUAACACUAAAUGACUUGUCCCUCGUCUGACAGUUUUAGCCAACAAUUCAUUAAAUGAGUUUUGUAUUGACCAGAGUAUAGUUAAA